AUGGCCUUCGUCGAAUGCUUCCUCCAUUAUCACUACAUCCCGAAACUCACACGCAGCAUCUUCCCACCCGCGGUACACACGGCCUGGCUCGUCCUCGGCGCCGCAAUGUUGGCCAUAGGCCAAGGCACACGGACGACGGCCAUGGUCCACGCGGGCUCCAACUUCAACCACCUCAUCCAGAGCAAGAAGAAGGAAGGACACGUCCUGGUCACCGGCGGGGUCUACCGGUACCUUCGGCAUCCGAGCUAUUUCGGGUUCUUCUGGUGGGGGUUGGGGACGCAGGUGGUGCUCGGGAACGUGGUAUGUUUGGUCGGGUAUGCGGUGGUGCUGUGCAGGUUUUUCAGGAGGAGGAUCGAGAAAGAGGAAACGCUGCUUGUCGGUUUCUUCGGCAUCGAUUAUGUACGAUAUCGGGACAGGACGAGGGUUGGGAUACCUUUCAUUCCGUGA